UCUCUGCACUGUUGUUUGUCCAGAAGUGUUCGUGAUUGCAUAUUUUUGCGUUUUAUAUCAUGUACGUCACAGAACAUGGACAGAGAUUAUCAAGAACGGCGCUAAGACCAAGCAGAGCUCUCAUCGCCUGUCCAGCAGUGUGCCCUCACUAGGGAGUCCUGUUCGCCUCCGCGCGGUGAUUGGGUGGAAGAUGGCGCUGAGCGAAUGGAAAUCCUAAUGACAGUUUCCAAAUUUGCCUCUUUUUGUACCAUGGGCGCCAAUGCCUCCGCUCUGGAGAAAGAGAUUGGCUCAGAGCAGUUCCCUGUCAACGAGCACUAUUUCGGCCUGGUCAAUUUUGGGAACACGUGCUACUGCAACUCGGUGCUGCAGGCGCUGUACUUCUGCCGUCCGUUCCGGGAGAAGAUCCUGGCGUACCGCAGCCAGCCACGGCGCAAGGAGAACCUGCUGACCUGCUUGGCCGACCUGUUCCACAGCAUUGCCAACCAGAAGAGGAAGGUGGGCGUCAUACCGCCCAAGAAGUUCAUCACGCGCCUCCGCAAGGAGAACGAGCUGUUUGACAACUACAUGCAGCAGGAUGCCCAUGAGUUCCUGAACUACCUCCUCAACACCAUCGCCGACCUGCUGCAGGAGGAGAGGAAGCAGGACAAGACCAACGGCCGCCUGGCCAAUGGCACACUGGACUCCCAGAACAACAACAGCAACGCUCCGCCCCCCUCCACCUGGGUACAUGAGAUCUUCCAGGGCACCCUCACCAACGAGACACGCUGCCUCACCUGUGAGACGAUCAGCAGCAAAGACGAGGACUUCCUGGACCUAUCAGUAGAUGUGGAGCAGAACACCUCCAUCACACACUGUCUCAGGGGUUUCAGUAACACGGAGACCCUCUGCAGUGAGUAUAAAUACUACUGUGAAGAAUGCCGGAGCAAACAGGAAGCACACAAGAGGAUGCGUGUGAAGAAGCUGCCUAUGAUCCUGGCUCUCCACCUGAAGAGGUUUAAGUACAUGGAGCAGCUGCAGCGCUACACCAAGCUCUCCUAUCGGGUCGUUUUCCCCCUGGAGCUCCGCCUCUUCAACACCUCUGGAGACGCCACCAACCCCGAGAGGCUCUAUGACCUGGUUGCGGUCGUGGUGCAUUGUGGGAGUGGGCCAAAUCGAGGACAUUAUAUUGCUAUUGUGAAGAGUCACGACUUCUGGCUCCUCUUUGAUGACGACAUUGUAGAGAAGAUCGACGCCCAGGCCAUAGAGGAGUUCUACGGCCUGACCUCGGAGAUCUCCAAGAACUCAGAGUCCGGCUACAUCCUCUUCUACCAGUCCAGAGACUGACUGGGCCUGCGGGGAACAGCGCCACCCUGUGGAGCGGAGGAGGAAAGCCCUGUGUGCCCCGGCCGUGGGAAUAAAGGGCCGCGCUAGUGUACAGCCCUUUAGUGGUGUCACUCGUGUCCUUCAUACCUGUGUAAAAGCAGCUACUGCAGUUCAGCCUUUGGGUCAGCCCCCCCACCCCCCACCCCCUCCUCCUCUCCCUACUCCUCACUUGGGCUGGAGAGGCCGCUGUAGCGGGGAGUUGUGUCAAAGCCCCGGGUGGACAUUGUAAAUUGUGUGAGUUUGGCAGGUGUUUUUAGUGAGGUUGUACAGAGGCGGUGGGAAUGAGGUGUUGGCGAUAGAAUGAGGUGUUGGCGAUAGAAUGGGGGUUUGGCGGGUGGGGUGACGGGGUAUUUAAUGAUUUAACGUGUUUAUAAUGUCGACUGGGUGUCUUUGACGCCCCCUCGCACCGCAACUGCUUAGUGGCCUGGCUGGCGCCGAGCCCGAUCAGACCAGUUGACUGUGCAUGACCUGAGAGUGGGGGUGGGGUUGGGUGGGGGGGUCAGUGUUCCAGGCGUGGGACACUUGGGUAGUGUAUUUCUACCUUGUACAGACGGGUAUUUGUAUAAAUAUUCUAUAAAGAGGUGAGAUGUUAUCGUAGUGGGGGGGGGGAUGUUCGACCAUGAGAAGACAUAUGACACUAUGGUGCACUUUUGAUACCGUUUUGUAGGUGCUGGCAAGGUAACGGUUGAUGUGAGGGUUUGCUCGAGAAGGCUUGUUGUAAAAUCGUCAUUUUCUGUUUUAAAGAAAAAUUAAUAAAAGCUAACAUGCUGCGUGCGUGA